CAUAGAUGCCAAUCAUUUACAGCAUGGACUUAAAUUCGAUACAUUUUAAAUCAGUCGUUGUUGCAGAACUAAAUACGGUAUGUUUACGUCUUUCUGACUGCUCUCAUAUACGCACAGAACAACCUACGACCAGAAGCUAUGAGGGACUGGUACAUUGUAACUGUGCUAUUGUGGACCGUACUAGCCACAGAGGGAAAAGCCCUCCCUUCAGUCCCAGACUUUGGGAAGGCAUACCAUGUCAAAGGUGUGAUCUACCUGCCCUAUGCUGAGAUAAAGGAACCAUUUGAGGCCUGGUUCGACCUGAAGGGGAGGACCAGCCGCAUCGACUAUUACCACGGCCAGGUGUCAACGUACCAGAUGGGGAUGGAGCUUCCUUGGGGAUCAUCCUAUAAGAUCACUCCUGAGACCACAGAGGUGGAGCUAAACAUUAUGAAGUGUUUCCAGGUCAAUGGAACAAAAGAAGAGCCAGUCACACCUCAAGGAUCCCUACCUGACCUCCAGGGGUUCAUGUUCCUCAGGAUGGAGUACUAUGGAGGUGUGCUGUGUGAGGUCUGGCAGAAUGUGACAGUAGUUGGACACAAGAAGAAUACCUACACACUCUGGGUGACACGCCCUGAAGGAGGGGUUAUGGGAGGAGCUGAGGUGACCACGCCCCUACACUACGAGAUGAUGGGCUACAACACCCUGCUGGGGUCACAUUAUGAUAAAUAUCUGGUCGACUACAAGGAGUUCAGCUCAAAGUUUGACCCCAAAGUCUUCUCCCUGCCUGACGGGAUGAGCUGUGGUUCAUUUCCUGGUCUGGGGGUGGAGCACCACCUGCUGGCCAAUCCGAUGAAAGAUCUGAUUCACACUUCCUCGUUAGGCCACGCCCAGCGGUUGUUCGGCCACUUCAAGGAGCAGUUUGGGCGUCAUUAUGGUGAUGAGAGGGAGCACGAGAAGAGAGAGCACGCAUUUGUUCACAACCUCCGGUAUGUCCACUCUAUGAACCGUGCUGGCCUGUCGUUCUCCCUGGCGGUUAACUCUCUGUCUGACCUCUCGAUGUCGGAGCUGUCUGCUAUGAGGGGCAGAAACAGAGGGAAGAGGCCCAACAACGGCUUACCGUUCCCCAUGCACCUAUACACUGGAGUACAGGUCCCUGAUCAGCUGGACUGGAGGCUCUAUGGUGCUGUGACUCCGGUGAAGGACCAGGCCAUCUGUGGUUCAUGUUGGAGCUUUGCCACCACUGGAGCAGUAGAGGGCGCUCUCUUCCUGACAUCAGGGUCUCUCCAGGUCUUGUCCCAGCAGAUGUUGGUAGAUUGUAGCUGGGGCUUUGGUAAUAACGGAUGUGACGGAGGAGAGGAGUGGAGGGCCUACGAGUGGAUCAUGAAACACGGCGGCAUCGCCACUACGGAGACCUAUGGUUCCUACAUGGGCAUGAACGGCCUGUGCCACUUCAACACUUCCCAGCUGACAGCUCGUAUCCAGAGCUACACCAAUGUGACGUCAGGUGAUGCCGAGGCCCUGAAGGUGGCGCUGUUUAAACACGGCCCAGUGGCCGUCAGUAUUGACGCAGGACAUAGAUCCUUUGUCUUCUACAGCCACGGGGUCUACUAUGAACCCAAAUGUGGAAACACCACUGACUCCCUGGACCACGCGGUGCUUGCAGUGGGUUAUGGUGUCAUGGAGGCGGAGCCUUACUGGCUGGUGAAGAACUCCUGGUCAACCUACUGGGGCAAUGACGGGUACAUACUGAUGUCUAUGAAGGAUAACAACUGUGGUGUUACCACUGACGCUACAUAUGUUACGCUGGCAUAGAGCGAGGGAGAAACACGAAACGCACGCACAGGUGUUACCACUCCUUUUUAAAUGAUGAUAGGAGGGGGUAUUUGAAAUUGUGGAAUAAUAUCGGAAGUGUGUUGUGCAUGGGAGGAAGUAAUGUCGUUUAGGCAGUGAGGUUUUUAGAUGUGUUUAUUGCUGGUCGGCGCACAGUGCCUUCCUCUCCCUGUCAUAUACACACUUUGUCACACAAACGUGCGCACACCCACUGAAUCAUGCUAUACACCGACUUGUGCUCUGGAAUCGUGGAAUCAACUCAAUAAAUGUGGAAUGUUUUUGUA